AUGGAAGUGGAAACUGACAGCGGCAGAGGUAUAUCAAGGAGCGCUCAUGAGAAAUGCCCGCGGGCGGUGGAGCGCAACGGCUAUGUGAAAACAUGUGUCACCCCUCUGUAUCAGGACGCGGGCUGCCAGUCGUGGCUGAGACUCGCAGAUAUAUGGAGUUCCCUAAGACUGUCGUCCGCGGUGUGUGUGGGCUCUGUCUCUGUUAUUCUUGCUUUGCUGGUCAGAUUGGUGGACUGGGACGUGGAGCAGCAGAGUUGCAGCAGUAACAGCAAGAAUAACGGCGAGUCUGGAUCUCUAGUUCAUUUCGUGGCGACCUGUGUGGUGGAACUGUUGUUGAACGUUUGGUACCUGGUGUCCCCCGUCUUCACUCUCGUAUGUGCCUUCUUUUGGGUUGGCUUGUACCUGAUCCGCUGCGGGGUGCUGAUCCGGACCGCCGUGUUUCUGUGGGCAGUGUGUCACUUCGGCGAAGCCGCGGCCCAGUCUCUCCUGCACGGUGCGGAGGACCAGUUGUUGUCGUUCACCGCCACGGUGGUGGUUCUGUCCUGUCUAGCCGUCGGGGCGCUGAUGGUGGUCAGACUCGGACAGGGGGUUUCCGUCAUCGUCUUCAUCAGUAUCAUCAGAACUGUGUCUCUCAUCUCCCUCAACAAGAUCCGGGCCAGCUGGAGACCCUACCUGGCGUACCUGGUAGGAGUGCUGGGAGUCCUGCUAGCGAGGUAUGUUGACCGGCUCCUGACGGGCUCAGUGCCACUCGGGGCGGGUUGUAGCUACGUGACAGCGGGGAAGGAAGAGAAUAUCAUUCCUGUGUUUAAAAGGCGACGGAUGUCCAGUUCAGUGGUCUCUUCAGACAUGGCGCACAGUCACAGCAACAGCAAGUCCCACCGAAGGACCUCGCUCCCAUGCAUUCCACGGGAACAGAUGAUCUCACAGACUGAAUGGGACCACAAGAGGGGUGCCCGGGGAUCCCAGUCGUCGGGUACCAGUGUGGUGGUGGACAUAGCGGUGAUGGGGGAAGCCCAUGGAUUGAUCUCAGACCUGCUGGCAGACCCCUCUCUGCCCCCCAACACCUGCAGUACCCUGCGGGCUGUCAGUAACCUGCUCAGUACCCAGAUCAGUUUGCAGCCGCUGCACCGGCCUCGAAUCAACCCUCUGCAGUCACUCAGCGACACACACACCUGCUCCGACUCCGAGGACUGGCCAGAGAGAGAGAAACUGGCUAUCCCAAAGCGUCUGCGACGGAGCCUGCCUCCAGGCCUGCUGAGAAGGAUCUCCUCUACAUGGACCACCACCACCUCAGCUACAGGUCUUCCCACCAUAGAGCCAGGACCUGUACGCAGAGACCGCUCUGCCAGCAUCAAACCCCUCCACGACAGUCCACCAUGCAGUGAGUCGUGGAACAGCUCUGUAAUGCUCACCAUCUCGAAGAGUCGCUCCAUGUCUGCCUCCUACUCUGCUUCAGCCACUUCCAACCACCUCUACAACAGACGAAUGACCAGACCAGGUUACCCCCCCUCCAAUAUAUCACCUCUGGCCUCUCCCUGCCACUCCCCUCCGGUCCAGGGGACCCCUGUCUCCAGCCCCACCACCAAGUCCUGCUCUGUGGACCUACCGGACCCUGUGGACAGCCAGGGAGAGAGGCCUGUGGACCCCCAGGUCCCACACAGAGCCUUAACACACAGCAUCAGUGCACCUAGCUCCACCACACCACACUGGGGGCCACCAUCUCUCUGCAGCAGCUGUGGUAGACCGUACAGCAGGCUGAGCCAUGGGGAGGGAUCUAUGGACAAAGGGGACAGAAUACCCCACCCUGAUGACCCGGCAGUGGCGUCGUCAGACUGUGAGAGCACCUACGAGACCAACCACAGUGACAGCAGUGACUUUGCACAGAACGAGGAGGACGGGGAGGGGGCCAAGAAGCCCUCGGACACCCAGGACGGGUGCAGGUCGUACCAGCCUGAGGGCAUUGUCCUGCAACCCUUAAUGCCACCUCCAGAGGACACACAGUCUAUCCUGGCCCCAGAGCCUCUGGUGAUGUCAGAGCUGGAUCCUCUGAUGACUCAACUCAACAGCUGGAACUUCCCCAUCUUCAACCUGGUGGAGAAAACACACGGCCGCUCAGGAUGCAUCCUCAGCCAGGUUUCCUACCGCCUGUUUGAGGACACGGAACUGUUUGAGACGUUCAAGAUUCCUGUCAAGGAGUUCAUGAACUAUUUCCAUGCUCUGGAGAACGGAUACAGGGACAUCCCAUACCACAACAGGAUCCAUGCCACUGACGUGCUCCAUGCCGUGUGGUACCUCACCACCCAGGCCGUGCCAGGCCUGCCCAACCUCCUCACAGACCACAGCUCAGAUUCUGACUCUGACAGUGGGCUCCUCACCCCCAGCCAUAUAGGCCAUACAGGGUUCCUGGUUUCUAAGAUGUCUGCGGUGAUGGAGGAGGGUUAUGGAUGUCUGUCUGGCCUCAUCCCGUCACUGGAGCUCAUGGCUCUGUAUGUGGCUGCAGCCAUGCACGACUACGACCACCCUGGACGGACCAACGCUUUCCUCGUGGCGACUAGCGCUCCUCAGGCCGUGCUAUAUAACGACCGCUCGGUGUUAGAGAACCACCACGCUGCGUCGGCCUGGAACCUGUUCAUGUCCCGGCCAGAGUACAACUUCCUGGGCAACCUGGAGCAUGUGGAGUUCAAACGCUUCCGCUUCCUGGUCAUCGAGGCCAUCCUCGCCACCGACCUCAAGAAACACUUUGACUUCCUGGCAGAGUUCAACGCCAAGGUGGGUGAUGAUGGCUGUUCGGGAAUUGACUGGUCCAAUGAGAACGACCGGUUGCUGGUGUGUCAGAUGUGCAUCAAACUGGCGGACAUCAACGGCCCACUGAAACACAAGGACUUGCAUCUACAGUGGACCGAGGGCAUCGUCAAUGAGUUCUAUGAACAGGGCGAUGAGGAGUCGAGUCUGGGCCUUCCCAUCAGCCCCUUCAUGGACCGCUCUGCGCCACAGCUCGCCAAGCUCCAGGAGUCCUUCAUCACGCACAUCGUGGGGCCGCUCUGUUCCUCCUACGACUCCGCCGCCCUCAUGCCGGGGAACUGGGUCGACCCCGCCUGCGCACGGAGGACGGAGGGAGAGGAGGUGGGGGAACGAGAGACAGAGGAGGAAGAGGAGGAUACAGCAGAGGAGGAUGCGUCGACUAGCUCUGAGAGUUCCCGUAAGAGCAUGUUGACGUUCAUGUUGAACUUCUUUGAGUUGAAAGAACUCCAGAAGCACGUGGUGAAGCUUAAGAAGAGCAGGAGGAGAGUGUUCUGUCCCAUCACUCAGCACCUUCUGGACAACCACGAAAUGUGGACAAGAGUCAUCGCCUCGGAAACCCGGGACACACCGGACAGAGAGGCGCCUAACUGCCUCAGCAACCCCGCAGAGCCAAUCACAGCCAUCCACGAGGAGGAGGAUGAGCCAGCCAGUAAGGAGGAGCCAAUAGAUGGCCAGGGAGAGGAGACAGAAGGGGAAGAGACGGGGCUUGCAGAGGAAGAGGAAGUGGUCGAGCAAUCAGAGACUGCAGAGAAAAGGGAGGAGGAGUUGGAGUGAGAGGAUUAUCUUUGACCCUUGAAGAUCAGGAAAUGGAACAUUUAUCCAAACUCAUACCCUCUCCCAAAUAGACUUUCUGACUCUUGUCAGAAAAUAUACCCUAUUCCCCAUGUGGUGCACUAGCUGGCCAAAAAUAGUCCACUAUACAGGGAUUGGGGUGUUGUUUGAGACGCGGCCCCUGAUAUUUGGUUGCCAGGAAAUCACUUAGACACAACACUGUAGAAGUUUGGAGUAACAUGUGCCUAAAGAAAACAAGGUGGAGGGAGGGGAAGCUAAGGAUGAGUUGGGAUUUAUUGUUUUACAUACGUACUAUAUUGGAUCAGGUUUCCAUUUCAGAAUCCCUCUCCUUGACGAGGUGCCCACAACGCAAUACGGGCCCACAGAACACUGACCCCACUGCCAGCCUCAAGACACAGCCGGCCAUACUAGUGGUCCGCAUCCACCUGACAGCCCUCACAGAACCAAGGUGUACAAAGUGGACUGUACUGAAUAAACUGUACUGAAUAAACAGUACAAACACUAGCUCCUGAGGACAAUGAGAUGAAAGUGCGGGGAAAAAGCUGUGUCCGCUCUGUGUUGGUUCUCAGGGAGCGAGGAGAGGACUGAGGACUAGGGAGAGGAGGGCCAGUGUUGAUACAGAGUGUGCUCACACACACGCAUGGAGGCAAACACACACUCACACACACACAAACCCAUCAGAAGAUUUGCUAGCUACCCCAGGAAGAGGGAAUGGGAAGUCUAACAUAGAACCCUGUAGCUCUGAAAAAAGCUUUAUACUCAGUCAUGGGAAAAAUCCACAGCACAGUGUUUCUUCACAUUCUUAAUCUCUCUCCUUGUUCCCAAUUUUACCAUGUUUUUUCUUUCUUUCUGUCUUUCUUUCUUUCUUUCACUCUCUUCACUUUUGUGUCAGUCAUUCAGGCUCUUUUUUUCCCUCUCACUCCUACGCAGUUCCACAGGACUCAGGAACACUGACACGCCCCACUGGGCACAGACUGGUUGAAGCAAUGGUGUUUCCACGUCGUCUCAAUGAAAUUACGUUGAGCCACAGUGAAAUUGGCAUUGAAUUGACGUCUGCCCAAUGGGACCCAACGCAGAGCCCUCAUCACAGUGUCCUUGUACCCUUUGUCAUUGGUUGCUUCAACCAACACAAGUGAUUGUUCUUUUAUUUGUGUUAUUGGUUUGUGGUUUUGCGUUCUUAUUUUUAUUAACAUUGGCCGUAAGAUAUUCA